CCGGGAGGAAGAGGAGAAGGGGGAGAGGAGAAGAGGGGGUAGGAGAAGGGACUGGGGAGAGUGCGGGGGGAUGACUGCAUGAAAAGGAAAAAAAAAAAAAAAAACAACAAUCAUGACUCCUGUAAUUCAUCCUACGUCUUUUUUAUAGCCUAAAUCAUAAUGGUUGGUCUGUACACAGCAUGCCGCAAUAAAUGACGAGCCUCCCCGAUAAGUUUAAGCUGGUUUGAGAGAGAUGUCAUCUCCGGGAAUGGGCACCCCCAGUGACCCCCUUUUGGCCAGUCCAGGAGGGAGGUUAUCUACAGCUCAGGAAGGUCUCUGGAGGAGCUCACUCCCCAAAACCACCAGCUUCCCAACGUCCACCACUCGGCACCUCAGUCACCGCGCCAACAACUUCCAAAGACAGCCAAAGCGCCGGAAGCUGAUAAGACCUUCACCACCGCCGCCGCCCAACACACCCUGUCCCCUGGACCAGCUGGACCUCAGUGAGCUUCCCCCAAGGCGUACCUUCCAAGAGCUGCUCUUCAAUGGCUGCAUCCUGUUUGGUAUUGAAUUUAGCUAUGCCAUGGAAACAGCUUAUGUGACUCCUGUGCUUCUACAGAUGGGCUUGCCUGAUCAAUUCUACAGCUUGGUGUGGUUUAUUAGCCCCAUACUGGGAUUCCUCGUUCAGCCUCUGCUCGGAGCGUGGAGUGAUCGUUGUACAUCCCGGUUUGGACGAAGGAGACCCUUUAUAUUUGCCUUGGCUGUAGGGGCUCUGUUCGGUCUAACCCUGGUACUGAACGGGCGGGACAUUGGAGGUGCACUGGCUGACACUGCAUCAAAUCACAAGUGGGGAAUUGUCCUGACGGUGUGUGGUGUGGUUUUGAUGGACUUCAGCGCUGAUUCAGCCGACAACCCAAGCCAUGCCUACAUGAUGGAUGUGUGCAGCCCAGAGGACCAGGAUCGGGGGCUGAACAUCCAUGCACUACUGGCAGGACUAGGCGGUGGAUUUGGCUACAUUGUGGGUGGCAUCAACUGGGACCAGACACAAUUUGGAAGGUCAAUGGGAGGUCAACUGCGGGUCAUAUACCUGUUCACAAGUAUCACUUUGGUGUUCGCCACAGCCAUGACUCUGAUGAGUAUCCCCGAACGGACCCUACCAAAGAACAAAAACUCCAGCAAAGCUCAUCUAAAAAGCCCCAGCCUCCCUCUUCCUCUCUCCCCCCCUGUUGCGCAAGGAUCAUCUUUGGGACUGGAUGAGGAAGAUGAGGAAGGUUCUUACAGCUACAAUUACUCAAAGUCUCACCCAUAUAACUCUGACCCUCUUGCCCAUUCUUGCAGUGCCAAUGCACGUCUCUGUGCUGGCCUCACUAGCCCCAUAUCACCCAUGAGCCCCCUCACUCCGAAGUAUGGCAGCUUUAUUAGUAGGGACAGCUCGCUCACUGGCAUCAAUGACUUUGCGUCUUCAUUAGGAACCUCCUAUAUAGACAGUGUGCUCAUAAACUGCUACACAGGCCAGCAGACACCACAGGCCCUGGCCUCUAGUUCCACCACUGCGCCCCUGCCUCCAGGGAACUCCCCUCCUCCGGACGAGUCCACACAGGGAGCAGGGAGCCAUCCUGCAGGACAGACCCAGGCUGAUGUGGUGUCUCAUCCAGCUGGGGGAACUCAGGAUCCAGAAGCGCCACAGCCUGAGGGAUAUGCACAAUCUCAGGUCACAGCUGGGGCUCAACCUGGUGCAGGGUCACAUCGGGGCUCUUCUGCUGGUAUCCUGAAGCGACCCCAGAGUCUUGCACUAAUGGAGGAGCCCAUGGCAACCCAGAUUGUUGAGCUGGAGAAUGGACGCAGGAGAACAGUGACCUUCAGCCAGCAGGUUGCAAACAUUUUGCUGAAUGGGGUGCGCUAUGAGAGUGAUCUGAGUGAGAAUGUGGAGACAGGAGAAUCGCAAAUGUCAAUGAAGCUGCUGUGUAUAGCCAUCUACAGGAUGCCUCCCUCUCUGCGGAGUUUGUGCACUAAUCAUUUCCUGGGCUGGCUGUCCUUUGAAGGCAUGCUGCUCUUCUACACUGACUUCAUGGGGGAGUUUGUGUUUGAAGGAGACCCCAAGGCACCCCAUGACUCUGAGGCUUACCAACGGUACAAUGCUGGUGUUAGCAUGGGCUGCUGGGGAAUGUGCAUCUAUGCAUUCAGUGCUGCUUUCUACUCAGCCAUAUUGGAGAAACUGGAGGAGCGUUUCUCUCUUCGCACUCUAUAUUUUUUUGCCUACCUGGCAUUCGGUUUGGGCACAGGCCUGGCCACACUAUCCACCAACCUCUACGUGGUACUUUCUCUCUGUGUCACCUAUGGGGUGCUCUUCUCUUCUCUAUGCACACUGCCUUACUCUCUGCUGUGUGAAUACUACCAGAGCCCUCAGUUUUGUGGCUCGUCCGAGGAAGGGACCAGACGCGGGAUGGGGGUGGACAUCUCUCUGCUCAGCUGCCAGUAUUUCCUGGCUCAGAUCCUGGUCUCUGUGGCGAUGGGACCUCUGACCUCACUGGUGGGUGGCGCCCAGGGAGUGAUGUACUUUGCAAGCCUGAUGUCAUUCGUGGGCUGCCUGUACUCCUCUCUCUGCAUGGUGUACCAGCUGCCCCCCCCUGAGGGUGAGCCCCCCGAUAGCGAGACUCAGCCACUAUUGGUGCACAUUUAGAAAAGCCUCUUAAUUUACUUUACCUCACACACACUCAACAGACACACGCUAUCACGCAGUUGUUUAGUGUCUGAGUGUGUUGACCUUCACAGCACUGAUAGGACGAACAUAUCCUGUCGCACACUGUACAAUUCCAUAUAUUGUUUCACACUAAUCAGCACUACUCUUCUCAGAGCUAGACAGACAGACAGAUAGACAUUGGCCACUGCUCUAAAAUGUGUAUACAUGACCAUUGUGUUUAUACAGUGUGUGUCCAUGCAUUUUCUCCUAACUUUUGCAAAUGAAUGUGACCUUUUUGAAUGCAGUGUGUGUGUGUGUGUGUGUGUGUGUGUGACCUUUUUGAGGCUAGAUAAGCCUAAGCUGUUCUUCUGUCUGAUUAUUUGCUGUAAAAUCUUGCAUCAUCUUUUUAUCAUCUUGUUUGUGUUUAGUAUAGAAAUGUUGAUCACUACAUACAGGUUAACCACAGCUUUCGCCAUUUUAGUUCCUUUUAUCAGUUGCCAAACGUCUGCAUGAGCUGCAAUGUAAUCUCUCAAAGCCUUGUGUUAAUGUUUUGUUUUGGUAAUACGGCCAAGGUAAUGUCUACCUGCCUGUUUCUCUGAGUUAGCAUAUUAGCAUCACAGUUUAGGCAGGAUUUUUCUGACUAAAUGAAUGUGCUGCCAGUGUCCACUCACACUCACUGUUAAUGCUCCUUCAUUAAUUCAAGAGCUCUUCAAUUUAGCAAACACAUACAAUAGUCACUUGAAACUGAACAAUGUUUAAUCACAGUUACAGUCUUGAAGGGCUUCACAUUGUUCACAUUUUAACAUCAAAUAAAAAACCAAACACUUCCCACACAAUUCAGUCAAUAUAAGACUUACUAGUGUGCUAUCCCCAAUUUUCACACUUUGGUGCUGGGUGACUCUUAAUCAAGUCCCAAGUAUGAGUAGAAUGCCAAUUAAGGAACUUAAUCAGCAUAGAGUUAUGACUAAUAGGAUGACACACAUACAAACACUCGUACGCAAACUUUCAAAAACAGAGAAAUGCGUGCUGGUGGCAAAUUCUGUCUGGGCCCUCACUAAGCCAUGGUACAGCCGUGAGCUGUCACCCUACUCCUGGCCAUGCCAUUGUAAUAAUGACAGUGAUUCUUGUCAUUAUCAGGAAGAGGAGAAGUUGAAACUGGGGUGUGAAUCAGCAUUCAGUCGGAAACCGAACAAAACAGAAGAACAGCAAAAAAGGAGAAGACUCGUGAACUAUGGGUAACACUGAAGGUGGACAACAUUGAAAGAAAAGACUGUUGGUUCAUAGAGCCAGCAGCAAGUGCUUAUUGUCAUCAUUAGGGUGCAUGCUUAAGGUAGUAUGCUUCUGCUCCGCCACGCUCGGCCCGCCAACUUUGUUUGAUUUUUCCUCACAGGAAGUAUCAAAACUUCAUUAUGUUUUCCAUUCUAAAGAAGCCAUCUUUAUCAGCAAAAUGGUAAAAAUUUUUUUACAUCUGUUGUGCCAUGACAAACAGUAUGCUUUGUCUGUUCAGCCUCAACACAGGCACCAAGCCUGACUUCAGGGCUUUAAUAAAAGGUUAACUUUAGUAUAUAACCUGUUUCAAGCCUACCAUUGGCUCAGACACUAAAUACACCACCAUUAUGGUGCCAGUCAUAAUUGCUGCCUCAGCAGAAUGUCAAUUAACUACUAUUUAAGCCUCCUGGACUGAGUAGAUUCACACCAUGCUAAUGUUUCUAAGGAAACAGUAUCUGUAUGGAUCAUGCUGUUGCAACUUGCUUAAAAAACAAACACUUUGUGUUAUAUGGUACCACCUAUUGCUCAAUAUUAGCAAUGUUACUGUAAAAGCUACUUUUAUUCAGGGUUCAGUUUAAACUAAAAUGAUAAUUUUGCCAUUUUCGACUCCUGUGUCAAUUAUUGUUUAUCAUUGAUAACCAUUGUGGCCUAUACCAGUUGUCGUUCCAGCUGACUUCAGAAAUAAUGAUCUGCAAUCUUAAAGUACACCACACGGGGGAGACACAAGACAGCAAUCCAUUGAUUCUGUGCACUCUUUUCCAUCACCAAGUGAAUGAGAUUAUUCCUGUUCCUUCCUGCAUCUAAGCCAGCCAUUUUCCAGGUUAAGAAAAAUUGGGUCAAGUGACAUCAUCUACUUAUAAAGCUAUGGUUUUAAGAAGCACUAAUGAUCAGGUAACAUACACACAAAAACACUUAAGUAAAAAGACAAUUUAUUUGUUAAUCAGAAUAUACAAAGCAGUGGCUGAAUUAACCGAAUGUCAUUCUGGUUCUGAAAAAGGCAGUCUUGGACACAAAACUGGUCUACCCAGCCAUAACAUAAAACUCAUUGAAAAUGUAAGAAAAACAAAGUAUAAAUGGUACAAACUUGCGUGGAAUGCAUACAGAACAAAUGACCAAAGCUUUAAGAUUUAAGAGGGGUUAAUUUACAUUGCAAAAUCCUGCCUCCAUAAAACAAGGUCAAGCAAUUUUAUCAUGGAGGCGCAAGACAGAGCCCCUUUAUUUAUUUGCACCAUCUGUUAUGUUAACAGGGCAGCCAAGCCAAGGAUUAACUAGCAGCUCAACACAAAAAAAUAUGCCUCAACUAAUAAUGCUAACAACUGUCCAUUAGCCCCUGCUUAAAACUUAUCUUUGGUCUUUUAAGUGAAUCUGAGAGGUCAACAUGAGCCUUGGAGGUGAGCAGCUGCCUGUAUGUAUGAAUCAUCUGGUCAGCACUGACAUAAUAGAGGUUGUGCUUCUAACAUACCAAUAUAAAA